AUGCACUCGGCGACUACUCUUGUCUACUUCUUCACAUAUGCACAUAUUUCCCCGAAUCAAAUGGCGCCUUAUAAUUCUUCUAGCCCCCUUACCACUCAAUGCAGAUGGUGUCUAUGUACCGUAAACAACUCAGGAGUAGCGUCAGUCCUUACUGCUUACUACCAUAUCGACUUCUGUCCCACCUUUGAGCACUGUUUAAUGCGACCACUUUUAGACCUUGGCGCGUCCUCGAGUGGCACCAUUGCCCUUGCUGUAAUACAUUCCAACUACUGUGAGAUGGUAGUUGAUAUUGGCACCCAUCAUUUAGGAAAUCUUACAUGGACUAUUUGGGCCGUGCGGAUAUCCAAAAAGCAGCAAACGACAAAGGCCCGUCUAGAGAUUAGAUGCUUGUGCUUGCACUUGCAACAAAGCAGAAGAGAUAUCGUUGUAACAGCAAAGAUGAUGGUCUCUGAGAAAGAUGACGUGACGGAGUGUUUCGUGCAUGAUGACGCUGCUGCACGUGCUCGCGCGCCUCGCUGGACCCUUGCAAUCUUUCUACACACUUUCGCCCCACUCAUUGAAGAAUCGUGCUGUGCCUCCUUGCACAUCUAA